AUGACCACCGAAGAGCAGAUCAACCUUCUGACAAUGGCCCCUACCACACAAACAUCAUUCGACACAAGCAUGUCUACUCCUAUGGAGCCUAAUCGUUCUCAGUCCCGUUCCUCCUCGAAAAGCCUUCCCAACCGGACUUCUUGCUCGCCAGAACAUUCACCAUACACCAAAUUGUCAAGUUCGACCAAAAGCAGCCCACCCACUGAACCCUCUUCCCGCGUCGAGAAGCGCAAAGCAAACACCCUUGCAGCUCGCCGUUAUCGACAGAAACGCGUCGACCAGAUGUCUGGACUCGAAGCCGAGCUGAAAGAAGUCAAGACCGAACGUGACGAUAUGAAAGUUCGUUGCGCUAAGCUCGAGGGCGAAGUCGAGGCUCUUCGCGCGCUCCUUCGUUCGCAAAAAUAA